ACAGAGCUGCGACCCGCGCGUCCCGCUCCGCCGCCCGGCCGGGCCGCCAUGUCUCUGUGGAAGAGAACCCUGUACAAGAGUGUAUGUCUGGCCCUGGCCCUCCUCGUGGCCGUGACGGUGUUCCAGCGCAGUCUCACGCCCGGCCAGUUCCUGCAGGAGCCCCCACUACCCACCCUGGGGCCGCCGAGGGUCCAGAAACCCAGCGGAAACCUGGUGAACCCCAACAGCUUUUGGAAGAGCCCGAAGGAUGUGGUCGCCCCCACGCCCGUGGCCCUCCAGGGGCCCCAGGCCUGGGAUGUGACCACCAACAACUGCUCGGCCAAUACCAACCUGACCCACCAGUCCUGGUUCCAGGGCCUGGAGCCGCACUUCCAGCAGUUUCUGACCUACUCGCACUGCCGCUACUUCCCCAUCCUGCUGAACCACCCAGAGAAGUGCAGGGGUGAUGUGUACCUGCUGGUGGUCGUCAAGUCCGUCAUCACCCAGCACGACCGCCGCGAGGCCAUCCGCCAGACCUGGGGCCUGGAGCGCGAGUCCGCGGGCAGGGGCAGGGGCGCCGUGCGCACGCUCUUCCUGCUGGGCACGGCCUCCAAGCAGGAGGAGCGCACCCACUACCAGCAGCUGCUGGCCUAUGAGGACCGCCUGUACGGCGACAUCCUGCAGUGGGACUUUCUCGAUAGCUUCUUCAACCUGACGCUCAAGGAGAUCCACUUCCUCAAGUGGUUGGACAUCUACUGCCCCAGCGUCCCCUUCGUCUUUAAGGGGGACGACGAUGUCUUCGUCAACCCCACCAACCUGCUGGAGUUCCUGGCUGACCGGCGGCCGCAGGAGGACCUGUUUGUGGGGGACGUCCUGCAGCACGCCCGGCCCAUCCGUAGGAAAGACAACAAGUAUUACAUCCCUCCGGCGCUCUACAGCAAGGCCAGCUACCCGCCCUACGCCGGCGGAGGCGGCUUCCUCAUGGCUGGCGGCCUGGCCCGGCGCCUGCACCGUGCCUGCGACACCCUGGAUCUGUACCCCAUCGACGACGUCUUCCUGGGCAUGUGCCUGGAAGUGCUGGGCGUGCAGCCCACGGCGCACGAGGGCUUCAAGACUUUCGGCAUCUCUCGGAACCGCAACAGCCGCAUGAACAAGGAGCCCUGCUUCUUCCGCUCCAUGCUGGUGGUGCACAAGCUCUUGCCCGCCGAGCUGCUGGCCAUGUGGGGGCUGGUGCACGGCAACCUCACCUGCUCCCGCAAGCUCCAGGUGCUCUGACCCCCCACCCCCACCCCCAGGCCACCAGGACGGGCCAGGGCGCAGGCUCUUGGGUCCCCAGCAUCCCCGGAAACGCUGGAAGGGGAUGGAGUGGGGUAGCAGGUAACCGGCGAGGGGCCUCCCCGUGUUCGUCAUUUCCAGAAAACCCAGGCACAGCUGGGGCUGCUCGGACUGGAGGGCGUCAGAGGGGCCAGGAUGCUCCUCUCCUGGGCCUGUGGCCCAGCCCCCUCCGCCCCCGUGAGAGGCCCUGGCGGCCUCAGAAGAAAGCCUGUGUUCAGGUGCGCGGGCUUGGCCCGGCCCUGGUAGGUUGGUGGCCACCACGGGGCAGAGUCUCUGUGAAAUGCCUCGGUCUCCCCCCAGGGCCCCUGCAGGAGACACUGAACCCUGUGCAGGCUCACAGGGCCUCCCGCCUCCACCCCACCCCCUCAGCCCACGGCAGGCUCCCCGCACAGCCCCCCUGCCCGCGCCUGCCCACGCGCUCCGACUACCUCAGCGCCCCUCAGAGCCCAGCCUGGGUGCAGGCUGCAGCCCCGCCACACCCCGAGACCAGGCUGCCGAGCAGGCUCCUGGCCCCAGAGCCCUGGUGCUGCCCGGCGCCAGCCCCAGCCGAGGCCCCUCCCUGGAUGUGGACAUUUCUCGGUUACUGUGAAGUUUUAUUUAUGAAGAAUGUGGAGGGAGAAGGCUCCAGGCCUCCGGAGGCGGGGGACCCCCUUCCCUGCACCCCCACGCCCUUCCCAGCCCCGGCCGCACCUCUGCCUCCCCAGGGCGCCCCACAGACCAGCAUCGCCCUUGCCCUGUGCAGGGAGGCCCAGGCCCUGGGGUGGGUGCAGAGGGCGCAGCCCCUACCUCACAUUCAGUCACCUGGUGAAGAUGGAGGGCUCAUCUCUAUUUUCUCAAUAAAACGGGACUGGUUUCUGCCCGGUGUGAAACUCCCUGC